UACCAGGAAUUCCUUUCCCAGUGGACACUAAUAACUUAUUUAAAUGUACAGUGGUGCCUGGAGUAUUUGGGAUAUCUAGGCUAUUCAAUAUUGACUGAGCAAGAGUCUCAAGCUUCAGCUAUUACAGUAACAAGAGAUAAAAAGAUAGACCUGCAGAAAAAACACACUCAAAGAAAUGUGUUCAGAUGUAAUGUAAUUGGAAUGAAAAACUGUGGGAAAAGUGGAGUUCUUCAGGCUCUUCUUGGAAGAAACCUAAUGAGGCAGAAGAAAAUUCAAGAAGAUUAUAAAUCCUACUAUGUGAUUAACACUGUUUAUGUAUAUGGGCAAGAGAAAUACUUGUUGUUGCAUGAUAUCUCAGAAUCAGAAUUUCUAACUGAAGCUGAGAUCAUUUGUGAUGUUGUGUGCCUGGUCUAUAAUGUCAGUAACCCCAAAUUAUUUGCCAGGAUUUUUGAGCAACACUUUAUGGACAGCAGAAUAGCCUGCUUAAUCAUAGCUACGAAGUCAGACCUGCAUGAGGUUAAACAAGAGUAUAGUAUUUCACCUACUGAUUUCUGCAGGAAACACAAAAUGACUCCACAACAAGCCUUCACUUGCAAUACUGCUGAUGCCCCCAGUAAGGAUAUCUUCGUUAAACUGACAACAAUGGCCAUGUAUUCGCACGACACACAAGCUGACCUCAAGAGCUCCACGUUUUGGCUUCGAGCAAGUUUUGGGCUUUGCAAUGUACAAAGCAUUAUUGAAACAGCGAUACUAUAAAAAGAAAUACUGGCCCUACCAAAAACAAAUACUUUUAUGUACAUUCUGAAUGCUUUAAAUUCUGCUAGAAAUACUGAGAUAUUUAUACAUGCAGAGUUACUUUAUUAAUAUUUGUAAUUCAUGCAUAAGGGUAUUUUAAUGAUAGUUAUAACUGCAGUAUUGGCUAGCAUAUGGAAAGAAAACAGCUACCAGCCAAACUAAAAUGGCUAAAUUCCAGAGGCCAAAAGGAAAUAUUUUGUAAACAUAUGUACAUAUUCAGGCAAGAUAUGGUCUCCCAAGCUGAGUUCUAGAAAUGAUGUUUCUAGACAUUUCUAAAUGGUAUUGUUAGUGCUCACUUGGCUCACCCUCCUAGGUUUAAGUCAUCCCAGAGACUGUAUUUACUCAUGGAUCACUUUAUUUAUUUCACAUUUACUCGGUAUUAUCCUUUGGGUUCUAUAAAAACGUAAGGCACAAUUUGCCAUUCUCUCUCCGUUUUUAAAAACAUACAAGCCAGUGUCAGCUUACCAACAAGACUUUUUUUCAGUCACUUGUGGUAGGCCAGCCUUGAAGCCAUCGCACAGUCUAGAAAAUUGUAUAGCUGAGUGUGCAGCUCACCUUUAAGGAUGAAG